AUCACGGCAGAAUGAUGCCAUCGCCAUCAAUGCGACACUGGCUAUCUGAGAUGCCACGGGGGUUGGUGUAAAAUGGGGCUCACUUACCUCACCGUGCCCAUGCCUUCGAUUUGGUAGUCGGGGUGACGGUUCAUGGCUUUGCUUACAUAUCAAGAACACCACCAUCCCGCAUUGCGUGAUCCGCACACAGCUGUCGUCAUGGCCUCUCUCCUCUUUGAUGAGGUAUCCGAUCCUGCCACGCCUCGUGCCUUUAUUAUGACCACCAUGAUGCCGACUUCUUCUUCAGAACAACACUCGCCAUUUCUUCGAUUAUAUUGCUACGCCGCUCUCCCUUGUAUCCGAGCGAGUUAAGAAGCCAGAAACCAGCCCAAAACCAGUCGAAAGCCAGUCUCAGGAUCGUCGUGCUCGCCAAAGAUGCCUACCGAGUUCAUCAGCUUGACAUUCCCCAAUGCUUCCACCGAGGUGAAUCCGAUCCCGGGCGCCGGAAUUGAUCCUGCUUACCUGGUUCGCUAUGCCCGGACGCUCGAUGAUUACGACUUCAACUACACUCUUGUGCCCUAUGAUUCCUCGUCCUAUGACCCUUUUACCAUAGGCGCCACCAUUGCCGCCGCCACCAAGAAGCUCAGGAUCAUCAUCGCACUGCGUCCAAACACGCUUUAUCCCACCGUCGCUGCGAAAGCACUAGCCACGCUUGACCAGCUCAGUUCAGGUCGAGCCGUCGUACACUUUAUCGCCGGCGGAAGCGAUGCUGAGCAAGCCAAGGAGGGUGACUUCCUACCCAAAGACCAGCGCUAUGCUCGACUCGAGGAGUACAUCCGCAUCUUGCGUCGCGCCUGGCAGUCCCCAGAACCCUUUGACUGGGAUGGCAAGUUCUAUCAGUUCAAGCAAUUUUCCAACCGCGUUCGUCCCGUCAAUGGUACCGGCAUCCCAGUCUCGGUCGGUGGCUCAUCGGAGGAGGCCUACCGCAUUGGAGGCGCCUUGGCCGAUAUCUUUGGCCUUUGGGGCGAGCCUCUGAAAGAGGCCAAGGAGCAGAUUGACCGCAUUUACCAAGCAGCUGCUCAAGCUGGCCGCCCCGACUCAGACCGUCCUCGCAUCUGGGUCACCUUCCGGCCCAUCGUUGCUGAGACGGAUGAACUGGCUUGGCAAAAGGCAUACCACACACUGGAUAUUUUGAAGGCGAACCAGGCUUGCAUCUCGGGAGGAGGAAGUCAGUCCUCCGACGGCAAGGCGCAAGUUCAAGCCCCCACACCGCAGAACGUGGGCUCUCAGCGGUUGCUGGAAAUUGCUUCACGUGGAGAUGUUCAUGACCGUGCGCUCUGGUAUCCCACCGUCACUGCUACCAACGCUCGCGGCGCAUCGACCGCUCUGGUGGGAUCCCCUCAGACUAUUGCUGAUUCGAUCCUCGACUACGUUGAUCUCGGAGCUGAGCUCAUUUCCAUUCGUGGCUAUGACAAUUUGAACGAUGCCAUUGACUACGGACGCUAUGUUCUCCCAAAGGUGCGCAGCGCAUUGCAGGAGCGCGAGAACAAGGGACCAGAUUCUGCGUAGAGAUAUUGUGGCUUGCUAGGUGUUACUUUUCAGACAGACAGAAGUCAUAUAUUUGAUAACAGUCCUUUCCAUCUCUGCAUCCACUGCGGGGGUUCUCCGUAUUGA